AUGGCCCUCGUGUCGGCAGCGCCGUUUCUCCUGUUGCUCAACGAGCCAGGGGACUACACCUUGAAGGAAUAUGCCCUCAAACUGCUCAACGACCUGGUGAACAACCACUGGGCCGAGAUCGCCAACUCGCUCGACACCCUCGAACAAUUGUGGGAAGACACGCAGUUCCCGCUGCGCCAAUUGGCGGCGUUGGUGGUGUCGAAGUGCUACUACAACCUUGGCGACUACGACCAAUCAGUCAACUACGCCCUCCUCGCCGGCCCCGCCUUCGACAUCAACGAGAAGUCCCAAUACGUUGAGCAAACGGUGUCGCGGUGCAUCGCCCAGUACACGGAAGCGCAAGCCGCUGCCUACCACGGCAAAGGUGAACCCGCUGACCACCGGUUACUGGCAAUCUUCGAACAAAUGCUCCACAAGUGUCAGGACGACAAGUUGGCGCUUGGCCUCGCCCUCGAAACCUACCGCUUGGACGUCAUCCGUCUGGUGUUGAACCGGCUGCCUCAGCUUGUCAGCUACGUGCUUGGCGUCGCCAACCAGGUGGUGCUGUCGCCGACGUUCCGCACUGAAGUGUUGAACGCCCUUGUGGAAGUGUUGAUGGACGUUACUGCGCCCCAAAACCCCGAACCCUACUACGUGGCCUUCCGUAUCGUCGUUCAACUCAACGACACCAAGUUGGCGGUGAGAUUGCUCGACCACUUGGUGUCUCAAGGCCUCGAUCUUGUGGCCUAUCAAGGGGCGUUUGACCUUGUCUCUAGCGCUCACCAACAAUUUUUGGUGGACGUGGCGAAGGACGUUCAGGACGCCAAGGUGAAGAUGAUCCUUCUGGGGGUGCCUCUGUGCGACUUGGACUUGACUUUCCUUUACAAAAACAACGCUGCUGACGUCGGCAUCUUGAACCGCACCAAGGACUUGCUCGAAGGUCGUCUGCUGAUCUUCCACCUGGCGGUCACUUUCGCCAAUGCCUACAUGCACGCUGGCACUACCGACGACCUGUUUUUCCGGAAAAACCUCGAGUGGUUGGGUAAAGCCACCAACUGGCUGAAGUUCCUGGCUACGGCUGCCCUCGGGGUCAUCCAUAAGGGCAACUUGAGCCAUGGGCGUACCAUCUUGCGGCCGUAUCUUCCUCCUGGCGCUGGCGGGUCGGCACAAGGCGCUGCCGCUGCCACCGGUGCUUACACUCGAGGAGGGUCGCUUUUCGCUCUCGGUCUUAUCUUUUCUGGUCACGGUAAGGAAGUGUUGGACUACCUCAAACAUUUUAUCGAUGAUCAUGGUAAUGCUGCUGGCACUCUGGACACUGACGUUAUGCUCCACGGUGCCUGUCUUGGUGCUGGUGUUGCCGGGAUGGGGUGCCGUCUGGUCGAACUUUACGAAGCGUUGAAGGUGGUGCUUUACCUGGACCUGGCUGUGCUGGGUCAGGCUGCCGGUAUUGCUAUGGGUCUCGUCAUGCUGGGCCUGGGUUCCGAGGAAGCCACUCAAGAUAUGUUGACCUACGCUAAGGAAACUCAACAUGAACACAUUAUCCGGGGUUUGGCCAUCGGUGUUGCUCUCCUUCAGUUUGGCCGCAUGCUGGGCGCUGAUGCCGCCAUUGAAGACAUGCUUAGCCAAGAGCUGCUGAUCUUGCGUUACGGUGGUGCGUUCACACUUGCUCUCGCAUACUGUGGCACUGGUGACAACGGGGCUAUCCAAAAGUUACUUCACUUGGCGGUUCUGGACCCCCUGGAUGAUGUUCGUCGGGCAGCGGUCCUUGGCCUUGGCUUCGUCCUUGUCCGCGAUCACACUCAAGCUCCCCAACUUGUGCGUCUCUUGUCGCAACUGCACAACCCUCACGUUCGAUACGGUGCUGCCAUGGCCCUUGGUAUUGCCGGUGCUGGGAAGGCUCAUGCUGAAGCUCUUGCCAUUGUGGAGCCCCUUCUGCGUGACCCUGUCGAUUUCGUUCGUCAAGCGGCUCACAUGGCUCUGGCAUUGAUUCUCAUCCAACAAACUGAAACCACCUUUCCAACCGUUACCAAGUACACCAAAAAUUACGUAUCGACAAUCAAGGCGAAGCAUGAAGAUGCACUUGCCAAGUUCGGUGCCACUCUUGCUCAAGGUAUUAUCGACGCUGGUGGUCGUAACCUGACCAUAUCCCUUGAAAACGCUCACACGAAUACUUUGAACACUCCUGGUGUUAUUGGGUUGGCGUUGUUCUGUCAGCUGUGGUAUUGGUUCCCCAUGGCUCACUUUUUGCUGCUUUCAUUUGCUCCUACCACGGUUAUUGGCGUCACUCUGGACUUGAAGGCUCCCAAAGCAUUCGAUGUUGUGUGUCACUGUAAGCCAGAGGUGUUUGUUUACCCUUCGAAGGUGGAAGAAAACAAGGAACAAAAGGAGAGCAAGUUUGCAACCGCUGUUCUUCUGACCACCGCAAAACACAAGCGCAGACAACGCAAAGACAGCGCUGUCUCGGUCAGCUCCGUCCCUUCGGCACCCACAACUACUGAUGUUGCACCGACAUCUUCGGCUCCGACUGCCAACGAAGAGAAGGAAGAGAAAGACAAGGAGCAAUUGGUACUUCCAAAGCACACCAAAGACAGCUACCGCAUCGCCAACUUGACCAGAGUGGUGCCUUUGCAAGUUCAAUACAUUGGUGCUGACGCCAACAACCGUUUCCAACCGGUUCGGAAGCUCAAGCUGGCUAUGGGGGGUGUUGUUGUUUUGACUGAUCUGACGCCUGAUGAACCCAAGGAGCUGAUCAAGACUGUGCGGCAGUUGUACAUCACCGAAGCGCCGGUGCCAGAGCCUUUCACUCUCGAAGAUGAAGACGAAGAGGCCUAA